UUGUGGUUCUCGUCGAAUUUUGAGAGUGUGGAAAAAGCAGAACCGAAUCAAGCUUUCAAAAAUUUCCCUAAGACCGAUUAUUUGUUUGCUUAAUUCGCUGCAGCUUGAAUAAAAGCCUUUCAAAAUGUCCGAGCGAAAAGUUUUAAAUAAAUACUACCCUCCGGAUUUUGAUCCGUCCAAAAUCCCACGCAUGAAAUUGCCAAAAAACAGACAAUACACUGUCCGUUUGAUGGCUCCUUUCAACAUGAAAUGCACGACUUGUGGCGAGUACAUCUACAAAGGCAAAAAGUUCAAUGCCAGAAAAGAAGAUGUAGAAAAUUCGGACUACUUAGGCAUCAGAAUUUACAGAUUUUAUAUCAAAUGCACCCGAUGCUUGGCGGAAAUUUCCUUCAAAACUGACCCGAAGAAUACAGACUAUGAGAUUGAAGCUGGAGCUACCAGGAACUUCAUGGCUCUGAAAAUGGCUGAGGAACAAGCCGUCAGGGAAGAGGAGGAAAGGAAGGAAGAAGAGUCAACAAAUCCUAUGAAGUUAUUGGAGAACCGCACAAAAGCUUCGAAACGUGAGAUUGAGCAGAUGGAGGAUCUGGAGGAACUGAGAGAUUUGAACCGAAGACAACUUGCUGUCGAGUACGACUCGAUGCUUGCUCAAUACACAGAGGACUCCGCGACCAGGGCCGCGAGGGAAAAGGCUGAGGAUGAAGCCGAGAUCAGAGCAAGCUUCAAAUCCUCGGCCGUGAGAACUGUGACCGAAGAGGUAGUUGAGGACGACGACGCGCCUCCAGCGAAGCUAGCAAAAAUCGCACCGUGUAAAAAGCUGGCCUCAUUUGCGCCGUCGAGUUCAUCGAUGGUGUCCAAGCUGGCCAAUGCUGUUGUAAGCAAAAAAGCUGGCGCUUACAGCAGCAAAAUAGCACUGGCUGUCAAGCCUAAAUCAGAAGCUGCAAAGCCUGCAGCACCCAAAGGGCUGUCGUCGUUGUGCGCUUACAGCAGUGCAAGCAGCGACUCCGAUUCAUGAAUAUAAUAAUUUUAAAUUGACGUCUUUUAAUAAAGAAGUUAUUUUGUACCCGA